AUGGCUUCUUUCAGCAGUGUAACUGAUCUCAAACCUUUCAAAACCAUGUGGAAAAUCAAGGUUAAGAUCAUUCGUCUUUGGAAGCAGUACUCCGCUGCAGGAGGAUUAACAAUAGAGAUGGUCGUCGUUGAUUCUAACGGAGUGAAAAUUCAUGCGUCCGUGAAGAAGGAUUUGGUGAAUCGAUUUGAUCCAUUUCUGUCCCAGGGUGAUUCAAAGAUACUCAUCAACUUCUCAGUGGGUCACUCAUUUGGUUCGUACCGGACUACUAACCAUCCAUACAAGAUUUCUUUCCUUGAAACCACACGUGUGAGAAACUGCGAGUUGCCUAUUGAGGUUUCUGGUUUCGAUCCUGUUUCCUACCGUGACAUUCUUGAUGGGUCUCUCAAUGCGGACUACUUGGUUGAUGUCAUUGGGCAAAUUGUUGAAGUAUCUCCUAUUGAAGUUCUCUCAAUAAAUGGGAAAGAGACAAACAAAAUGUCCUUGGAAUUAAGAAAUGCAGGCGAUGAUCGUCUACCUAUUGUUUUGUGGGGAAGUUUUGCAAAUGAAGUGAUGGAAGCUAUCCAAACGCGUAGUGAUCAUGCUAUUAUCUGUGUUAUCAGAUUUGGGAAGAUCAAAAUUUGGAAAGAUGAAUGCAGUAUAUCAAAUGCAUACAAUGUCUCCGAAGUCAAUCCACCCAUGUCUGAAGUUCAAGAUUUGCUUGCAGUGUUGCCCAAGGACGAAUUGACUUUAGCAAUUGUUGAGUCUAAGCCACUGUCGGUUGCCUCUGGUGUUUCUGAAAAGGAUGAUUUUUUUAUCCACACCCCAAGAAAAACCAUUUCCCAGCUUUGUGAAUCUAGACAGGUUGAGAAGUGUAUUGUGAUGUGCACCAUAUCAACCAUUGAUUCUGAUAUGGGAUGGUAUUAUUUAAGCUGCAAAGUCUGUGCCAAGAAGGUGUUGAAUGUGCCUAAUGACGUUGUUGAUGAUGAGGACGAUGAAAAUCCCAUCAUGUUUAGUUACUAUUGUUCUAAAUGCAAAGUUUCGAAUCCUAAACUUCUACCAAGGUACAAGCUGCAUUUGAUUGUUGUUGACAGCACGGGGACUUCGAAGUUCCUCCUAUUCGAUAAUCUUGCAAUUCAAUUAAUUCAUCAACCUUGCAUUGAAUUGGUUGGACACAAUGGUGAUGAGAUUGAGGAACCGGAUGCUAUACCUCUUCCUCUUAUGAAUUUGGUUGGAAAGACAUAUUUGUUCAAGGUUGGUAUUGAAAGAGAAAACUUUCUCUAUAAGAAAGACACUUACAAAGUAACUAAGAUUAUCACCAGCCGUGAUAUAAUAACUGAGUUCGAGCAAAAUUCCAGCCCAAAGAUACCAUGUUUAACUUAUGGAGAAGACAAUUCAAUAGUUUCCCAUGCACCCGAGGGUUCCCUCUUGGUAUCUACUGAGUCUCAUGGUGAAGGAGAAACAACUGAUCUCACUCCAGCAAAACGCAGAGGAACGCCUAUUGUUAACUUGGAGGAAGCAUUUGAUCAGAGUUCUGGUAUACGCACCACGAUUACAGCUCGAAUCAAGAAGGAAAAGACUGAUAAAAGUGGCUGA